UCUCCUUUUCUCUUCUGAAAUCAGUUGCAGAUACCGUAAUCGCCAUGGUAGAAUCCAAACCUUCUCGUCGCAUUUCCGUUCAUCAAGCUCUCGGCGGCGGCUCAGUUGCUGACUUGCUUUUGUGGAGAAAAUGGUUUGGAGGGGUUAUGUUGCUGGUGUCUGCAUCUACCAUGUGGUUCCUCUUCGAAAGAGCGGGUUAUAAUUUCUUGUCUCUUCUGGCUAAUGUUUUGUUGCUCUUUAUUGUCGCCCUUUUCUUCUGGGCCAAAUCAGCUUCCCUUCUCAACAGACCUCUGCCUCCCCUUCCUAAUUUGGAAAUUUCUGACGAGACUGUUGUUCUAGCUGCUGAUGAGAUGCAUGUGUGGAUCAAUUGUGCAUUGUUGAUUGCACGCGAUAUUGCAAUUAAUAGAAACGUGAAACUUUUCCUUCAGGUUGCCUGUGGCUUGUGGUUAGUAUCUUAUAUUGGUACUCUCUUCAACUUGCUCACUCUGGUUUAUAUUGGAGUUCUUCUUAGUCUCUCAGUUCCAGUGUUAUAUGAAAAGUUUCAAGACCAUAUAGACACAAAACUGUGUGUAACACAUAGAAUCAUCCAAACACAGUACAAGAAGAUUGAUGAAAACGUCCUUAAGAAGAUUCCACUUUCCUUAAACAAAGAGAAGAAGAUUCAGUAGCUUGCUACAAUUCAACAAUUUGGUCCACAUGACAUUUGCAACCUUAAAGCUUUUAACUUGGAAGCAGUUUUGGUCAGUAACCUGCCAAUGAAAGAACACAAGAACAUUUGUCACCUUGUUUUGGGGUUACUUUGAGAUAAUAUUCUCAUAUCUGGAUGAGUCAAUUGGCACCUGGGCAUUAUAUUUAGGUUAAUGGGUUAAGCCAUAUGGGCAUGGAAAUUGGAUUUCGAGGUGUGGAGUUUUGAGGUUCUUUUUGCUGGGGUGCUGCCAUCAAUUUGCAUAUUCUAUUCCGCUUAAUGCAGUCGUAAUCUAUAUGAGAAGGAUUGACCCUAUUGCUUCUAUGCUUGUGAAAAGUCUGAAAUUAUUUUGUUUUCCUCUUCCUCCCCUGCAAAACCCAUCUUCUUGAUUAAGUUUUGGUACUGUAGAUUAUAAACAUGGUUUGUGCUUUAAAAAUGUUCUUUUCCACUUAACAAAGAUGAGCUCCAAUGUUUGGCAAGCUGUGCAAUGGGCCAUUGUUAUGGCCACAUGGAAAUUUUGCUAGGACUACACAUUUUACU